AUGACUCAAAAUUAUGCAUCCACUAUUCAGCUGUGCGAAACGGAGCAGGAUGCAGAGUUGCGCGAGCUGGCGGAGCAGGAAGCAGCCGCGAUCGAAGCGCAUAUCGCUCAAGCACGCACACAGAUUCGUCAGCAGAUGCUUGCUAGUGCGCCAGGCACAAUCCAGGACCGUGGAGCAAUUAUUGAGCUUAAACAGGGCGUCGGCGGCCAAGAAUCAUGCCUGUUCCUAGGCGAGAUGCUGCGCAUGUACACCAAGUACUGCGAAAAUCGUGCGAUGCAAGCUGCAGACAGCGAUGACCCCGACGAACUUGGAGCAGGCUGGUCAGUUGAGCUGCUUUCUUCCACGCCCGUAGAUGUAUCUGCUGCAGGCUCAGGCGAUGCAAUGCGCGAAGCGAUCCUGCAAGUACACGGCGCAGGUGCGUUUGCAGCUCUUCAAUUUGAAGCUGGCGUGCACCGAGUACAGCGUAUUCCCGCGACACAAAAUUUGGGCAAGCUGCAAACGAGCACGAUUGCACUUCUAGUGAUGCCUAUGCAAGGCAAUGCCGAACAAGCGGACGACUUAGUCGACCCAAAAGAUGUGAGGCUAGAUACGAUGCGCGCUCGAGGCGCCGGUGGACAGCACGUCAACCGGACCGAGUCCGCGGUGCGUCUUACACACAUUCCUACUGGCAUCACUGUCUCAAUGCAGGAUUCGCGUAGCCAGCACCAGAAUAAGUCCAAGGCGUGGGAAGUGCUGCGUGCACGCCUCCUGGACCGCAAGAUACGUAAGGAUCAGGAAGAGAAUCGUGCGCUGCGCCGCUCGCAAGUUGCGAGUGCCGAUCGCAGCGAGCGUGUGCGCACAUACAAUUUUCCCCAGGAUCGCGUUACGGACCACCGUGUCGGUAUCUCGCUCUCUGGGAUUUCGUCGAUCAUGGACGGAGACGACGGCGGUGGUGCAGGACUCACGUACUUGAUCCAGGAACUUCGGGAACGUGAUGAGGACGAGCGCCUCGAUGCUUUGCUUGCCAUGCACAAAAAUUCUGGAUAG